AUGGGUGACGCGCAGCCCAACGAGAAGGUCGUGUAUGCGCUCCAGAGCGCAGUCGCGACAAACAUGAAGCGACUGCGCGACAGCAUCGAUGGCCUACGGCAGAUACACAACCGCUUGAAAGACAACAACGGAAACUCCAUCAAUCUCAUCGCGCAAUUGACCGCUCUCAAAUCGAACCUUGCAAAUAUGCACGACUGGCUCAGUCAUGCGCUAUCAGAUAUGCAUCCUCAAUUGCUCUCCGACCUGGACGUCCUGAUGACCUCGUGCGGUAUGCUGAUGCGGCACUUGGACGCCUUGGUCAAGAACCUCAAGCAACCGGAUCAUGUCCCUCUCGAUUAUGCGACCCGAGUGAAGUAUGCUGUUGGUAGCCGGUCCAUGGAGCGCUUGCGGAAAGUUGCGCAAGGACAGACUGAAGCUGUUACACUACUGCUAGCUGCCUGUAAAUGUCAUGCAAUGGCGCAGCGCAAGAUACUGCUUUACAAGUCGCGCCAGAUUCGAUCACGUGAUGCCAACCAGCUCAAGGUCCUAACCCGCUCUUGGAAGGUCGACGGAGGAUGCAUGAGGGUCUUGACGCAAGCAUCAGCCAUGAUUCAAUGGUUCAGAUAUCUGUACUACGUGAAGCUGAUGCGCAAAGAGCCGGUACACGAGCCCACGGAGGAGGACUACGAAAUCGCCGCUGCGAACACACGCUCCGAUGCGAUAGAUCGAGCGUUGCAACAAGACGCCACCACUCUGCGCCGAGAGACCAAGCUGGUCAUGAUGGGUGACCGUGACAGUGGCAAGGAACUGAUCAUGAAUCAGAUGAAAGUGCUGUAUGCGGAAGGAUAUUACCCUGUCGAAGAGCGCAGGAAAUACGUCUACGCCGUACGCUCAACUGUCCGCCUGCUUAUGCAUGCCAUCAUCGACCUGCUAAAGGAUACCGGCAUCAGCCUUCCGAGCAAUCUCAAUCAGCACUUUGCGAUACUGCUGCAUGAGGUGGAGACAGUGACUCUGCCCACAAUAAGUCCGGAAGCUGUCGAAGCCGUUCAGACCAUAUGGACAUGUUCAGAGUUCUCCAAGCUCUUUGUUCAGAAUUUCGAGAUUGACUUUCCUCAAUAUUCACCCUACUUUGCCCAAGAGAUAGAAAGGAUAGCUGACGAUGAUUACCUGCCCACCGAGGCAGACAUGAUGCGUCUUAACCAAUCGCUUGGUGGCAUCAAAGAGCUGCGCUUCAAUUGGGACGAGCUCGAUAUCCACCUGUUCAAUGUCUCUGGAAGGACUUCGCGAACUUUGAACUCUGGGCAGCUUCAGAAAAAGUUCGCAAAUUCAUCGAUCAUCUUGCUUCUCAACAACUUUACCCGCUUUCGAGAGAAGCUUCCAUUCUCCCCACUCGAAACCUUCUUCUCGGACUACGUACCCAGCGAAGAGGAUCCUGAAACAUCAGCACGUCAGUACAUCCUGAAGCGUUUCAAGGAUGUAAACCGGAACCAUCUGUCAAUCUAUUCAUUCUGGGUCGAUCUUGAUUUGAGCGACAACACGCAUCUAUACGCUGCGCUUAAGAAGACGCUUCAGCACAUUCAGCAGCGCAAAGCCAGAGAGGAGGUCUGGAACGCCAGCAACAACACUGUGGUCUCGACCACUCGAUCAUCCACAGGUUUGGCGGGCAAGCUUAUACUUAGCCGCAGUCGCAGUGCCGUUUCGCCAGAGAAGAGAUCUGGAACAAGUGGGUCUGAGAUGAUUAGCUCUGUGCAGAGUGAUAAGACAGGAUGA